GGGCCCGGGGGUGGGGGAACCGCGGCCGCAGGCGCCUGCUCCGUCCCCUCCCACUCGCACGGCCCCUUCCUCCCUCCUCUCCCGGCUGCUCGCGUUUCCUGCCGCUCGGGCUCUCCCGGCCCUUAAAAGUUCUUCCCAACUUUUCCUCCCCGACUGGGUGCUGCAGGCACAGGCGGGGGGCAGGUUGCUGUGCUCCUGCCCGCUUAGCUGCCUACCUCCGGGCUUAAGUCCUCGGGGAGCCGCAGACGCACAGUGACCGCUGGCGGUCCUUCUCCUCCCACUUUAGCCAUCCUCCCCGGCCUCCUGGUCUCGUCCCCUCUCGGGCGGGACAGCCCCGGGUUUAGGUGGCUUUUCUGUACUCCUGCUCUGUGCGCCCCUGCGCCGACUCUUGCGCCCGGAUCGCGGCGGAACUCUCCCUCCCCUUUCGCCUCCCCCGGCUUGUUCCCUUCGCCCCUCCUCCGCCAGCCACUGGAAUCAAUUCCUUGGGGAAUUGGGGCUCCGCCGCCGCGGCGGAGGGACAGCCUUUCCGUGCGGGACUGCAGGGCUCCAACCGGGCCAUGUAAGCAGAACAUUUGUGGAGAAUGCGGCGUGACGCUCCAUGUGCCCCGCCUAACACAGUGCCUCACCCCGAGUAGCGAUCCUGCAGAGUGCCACACUGGGUAUGGACACCCUUUCCCGCGUCGGAAGGAGCGCGGCUGGUAGCGCCAUCGCCUGGUCCUGAAGCUGCUAAGGCCACCUCAGGGGCGCGGACGCCAGGAUAGGAAGGCAGCGUCCAAGGGCCACCGAGCCAUGCCUUUCGGCCUGAAGCUCCGCCGGACACGGCGCUACAACGUCCUGAGCAAGAACUGCUUUGUCACCCGGAUCCGCCUGCUGGACAGCAAUGUCAUCGAGUGCACGCUGUCGGUGGAGAGCACCGGGCAGGAGUGCCUGGAGGCUGUGGCCCAGCGGCUGGAGCUGCGGGAGACGCACUACUUUGGCCUUUGGUUUCUCAGCAAGAGCCAGCAAGCACGAUGGGUGGAGCUGGAGAAACCUCUGAAGAAACAUCUGGACAAAUUCGCUAAUGAGCCUCUGCUUUUCUUCGGAGUCAUGUUCUAUGUGCCAAAUGUGUCAUGGCUGCAGCAAGAGGCCACAAGGUAUCAGUAUUACCUGCAAGUCAAAAAGGACGUGCUGGAAGGGCGGUUGCGGUGUCCACUGGACCAGGUGAUUCGGCUGGCCGGCCUCGCCGUGCAGGCUGAUUUUGGAGACUAUAAUCAGUUCGAUUCUCAAGAUUUCCUCAGAGAAUAUGUGUUGUUUCCUAUGGAUUUGGCCCUGGAAGAGGCUGUCCUGGAGGAGCUGACGCAGAAGGUCGCGCAAGAGCACAAAGCCCACAGUGGAAUCCCGCCAGCCGAAGCUGAGCUGAUGUACAUCAACGAAGUGGAGCGUUUGGAUGGAUUUGGACAGGAAAUCUUCCCCGUGAAGGACAAUCAUGGAAACGGUGUGCACCUGGGCAUUUUCUUUAUGGGGAUUUUCGUGAGAAACAGAAUCGGAAGACAAGCAGUAAUACACAGGUGGAAUGAUUUGGGGAAUAUCACUCAUAACAAGUCGACCAUUCUGGUGGAGCUCAUCAACAAAGAAGAGACUGUGCUUUUUCACACGGAUGAUAUUGAAAAUGCCAAGUAUAUUUCUCGGUUGUUUGCUACACGGCACAAGUUUUACAAACAAAACAAAAUCUGCACUGAACAAUCCAAUUCUCCACCACCCAUCCGACGCCAGCCCACCUGGAGCCGAAACUCUCUGCCCCGGCAGCAGCCGUACAUCCUGCCGCCCAUGCACGUCCAGUGUGGCGAACACUACUCGGAAACACACACUUCACAAGACAGCAUUUUCCACGGGAACGAAGAUGCCUUCUAUUGCAACUCUCACAACAGCCUGGACUUGAAUUACUUAAACGGCACCAUCGCCAAUGGCAGCGUGUGUAGCGUUCACAGCAUCAACUCCCUGAACUGCUCCCAGAGCUUCAUGCAGGCGUCUCCUGUCUCUUCCAACCUCAGCAUCCCCGGCAGCGACAUCAUGCGCGCCGACUACAUCCCCAGCCACCGGCACAGCGCCAUCAUCGUGCCUUCGUACCGGCCGACCCCCGACUACGACACGGUCAUGCGCCAGAUGAAGAGGGGGCUCAUGCACACAGACAGCCAGAGCCAGUCCCUGCGAAAUCUCAACAUCAUCAACACCCACGCCUAUAACCAGCCGGAGGACCUGGUGUACAGCCAGCCGGAGAUGCGGGAGAGGCACCCCUACACUGUCCCUUACGGGCCACAGGGGGGCUACAGUAACAAACUGGUGGGUCCAUCUGACCAGAUAAACCCAAAGAACAGCUCAGUGCCCAGCAAGCCAGGGGCAAGUGCCAUCUCCCACACGGUGAGCACCCCGGAGCUGGCCAACAUGCAGCUCCAGGGCACCCACAGCCACAACACAGCCCACAUGCUCAAACACUAUCUCUUCAGACCGCCGCCCCCCUACCCACGGCCCCGCCCCGCCACCAGCACCCCAGACCUGGCCAGUCACCGCCACAAGUACGUCAGCGGCAGCAGCCCCGACCUGGUGACCCGCAAGGUGCAGCUGUCUGUGAAGACCUUCCAGGAGGACAGCGCCCCGGUGGUGCACCAGUCGCUGCAGGAGGUGAGCGAGCCCCUCAUGUCCACCAAGCACCACGGCACGGUGAACAAGCGCCACAGCCUGGAGGUGAUGAGCAGCAUGGUGCGGGGCAUGGAGGCCAUGACGCUCAAGUCCCUCAACAUCCCCAUGGCGCGCCGCAACACGCUGCGGGAGCAGGGGCCGCCCAAGGAGGUGCCCGGGGGCCACGAGGUCCCCCCGCUGCCCCAGUACCACCACAAGAAGACUUUCUCGGAUGCCACGAUGCUGAUCCACAGCAGUGAGAGCGAGGAGGAGGAGGAGGCGGCGGAAUCAGUGGCCCGGAUCCCUGGGAUCCGCGAGAACAUGGAGUACAGCGCCCAGCUGCAGGCAGCCUUAGCCCGGAUCCCCAACAAACCCCCUCCCGAGUACCCGGGCCCAAGGAAGAGCGUCAGCAACGGGGCACUGAGGCAGGACCAGGCUAGCCUUCCUCCUGCCGUCGCCAGGGCCAGGGUGAUGAGGCACGGGCCGGCCAAGGCCAUCAGCGUCUCCCGCGCCGACCAGCUGGCCGUCAAUGGGGCCUCCCUGGGUCCGUCCAUCUCGGAGCCCGACCUGACCAGUGUGAAGGAGCGGGUCAAAAAGGAGCCCGUGAAGGAGAGACCCGUGUCCGAGAUGUUUUCCCUGGAGGACAGCAUCAUAGAAAGAGAGAUGAUGAUCAGGAAUCUAGAGAAGCAGAAGAUGGCAGGCCUGGAGGCGCAGAAGAGGCCGCUGAUGUUGGCAGCGUUGAACGGGCUCUCGGUCGCUCGGGUCUCGGGGCGGGAAGACAGCCGAGCUGACGGCACCCGGAUUCCCAUGGACGAGAGGUUCAGAACCCUGAAGAAGAAGCUGGAAGAGGGAAUGGUGUUCACGGAAUAUGAGCAAAUCCCAAAGAAAAAGGCGAAUGGCAUUUUCAGCACAGCGGCUCUGCCCGAAAAUGCUGAGCGCAGCCGGAUCCGCGAAGUUGUGCCCUAUGAGGAGAAUCGAGUCGAGCUGAUACCGACCAAAGAAAACAACACGGGCUACAUCAAUGCCUCCCACAUCAAGGUGGUGGUUGGUGGGGCAGAAUGGCACUACAUAGCCACACAGGGGCCCCUGCCGCACACGUGCCACGACUUCUGGCAGAUGGUGUGGGAGCAGGGAGCCAACGUGAUCGCCAUGGUCACCGCGGAAGAGGAGGGCGGACGAACCAAGAGCCACCGAUACUGGCCCAAACUGGGUUCCAAGCACAGCUCAGCCACCUAUGGCAAAUUCAAGGUCACCACAAAGUUCCGAACAGAUUCUGGUUGCUAUGCAACCACGGGCUUGAAGGUCAAGCACCUUUUGUCUGGGCAGGAAAGGACGGUGUGGCAUCUGCAGUACACUGACUGGCCGGAUCACGGCUGCCCAGAGGAUGUCCAAGGAUUUUUGUCCUACCUGGAGGAGAUCCAGUCGGUCCGCCGGCACACCAACAGCAUGCUGGAAGGCACCAGGACCCAGCACCCUCCAAUCGUCGUGCACUGCAGUGCCGGGGUGGGGAGGACCGGUGUGGUCAUCCUCUCCGAGCUGAUGAUCUACUGCCUGGAGCACAACGAAAAGGUGGAGGUGCCCAUGAUGCUGAGGCUCCUCAGGGAGCAGAGGAUGUUCAUGAUCCAGACCAUCGCUCAGUACAAGUUUGUCUACCAAGUCCUCAUUCAGUUCCUCCAAAACUCCAGGCUCAUUUGAGCCCUGGACGCAGCUCCUGGAAGAGGGACCCGGCGCCGCCUUGCAGCUGGGGAGGCACCUCCAGACAGCCUCUGCGCCCCCCGCAGGGCGCGGACGGCGGGGGUCCACAGGACACAUGCUCCCUGAGGACGGGAGCCGAGAUCAUUCAUACACACCAUGUAUUAUUUUAUAUGAGAUAAUUUAUUUUUUUCCCCUUUGGAAUAACUUUUGUGAAUCAUUGUAAUGCCGUACGUUUCAUUUGAACCACAUUUUGACCGAUCUGCAUUGUAACACGUUGGUGGGGAAGGUGGCCUGGUGGACCGUUUGGGGGACAGGGGCACCAGGGAACGCAUCUCUGGGGAAGUUGCAGCCAGACAGGUAACCAGCCCUGCAGUUCAUCAGCUUAACUUCUCAUGUCCGAAUCAAAGAUGGCAAGAAAAUGAAUUCCUCCUAAAAUAUAAAGAUCAGGCACAAGACCCUUUUCUGAAGGAAAAACACUACAAUUCCCUUGCAUUUCGGGCUGAUGAGCCUUGAUGGCAGAUUCCUCCCUUCCUCCUUUCUGUCCUCACCCUCAGUGGUCUUUUCCCAGCCCCCACCUCCAGCCUGGAGUGACAGGUGCAGCAGCAGGCGGAAAUCCCGCCCUUCCAGUGCAGCAGUGCCCUCGCCCGGGCUGACCGCGGAGCUCUGUUUGUGUCUCUGUCGAAGACCCCGUAAUCGGGGCCCAGAGCCCAUGUUUCCUUGCCGGGGGCUGCACCCUCCGUAUUUGCGGCUUCGCCUCAUUUGCUCGGUGGGCACUGGGCUGGUGGCCUUUGAGGCCCCGGGCCAGGCCAUCUGUGCAGCUGGGCCUCUUGCCUGACUGAGAGAAGGUGACGGACCAGAGUGAGAAGCGAGGGGAGACAGGAAGGCCCUGGAUGCUGUGUUGGUUUAUGAAGUGUGUGCUGUGUGGGGACCUGAAGGUCAAGGUGCUGGGGCUCUUCUGUCUGUCCAUCAGUCGCCAGGUCAGGGAAGGGGGUAUAAAAGAAACAGCUGGGAAAGAUGAUUCACAGGGGCCGCUUGACACCCAGCAGGGGCCUGGCCAGCAGCCACCCGGAGGGGACCCCACUGUGCUGGUACCAUCUCCGGGCCUUGGUCUGUGAGAGCAGCACUAAGCCCACUCGGGCCCUGGAGUCGAAACCUAGCCCGCGUGAUGAAAGACGGGGGUCUCGCACGAAGUCCUGUGGGGGUCUCCUUCUCUCCAUGCAGCCCACCCUGGUCAUCUGUGCCGUUAACGCCGCCUCCAGUGACGCCCGGUUCUCACCUUGCCCCUUCCUGGGCCUUCGUCGGUCGCCGUCCUUCAGAACGUCUCAGGUUAGGGCGCAGAUACCCCAGGUCGCAUCUUCCAUCUUGCUGAAUUUUGGGGUGUUGCCCCCUCCUCUCUAGUUCUUCUUGAACACAACUUUUAAGUCGCGGUUUUGCUGUCCGAGUGGGCCCCUGAGGUGUGGCGCCGUGCCUUCUCCCACGAUUGCCUGGUUUCCUUUUUCUUUUUGUCUUCUCCUGAGCUGAAAGCACAAACAUCCAGAGAAAGAAUGGCAUGAAAUCAACCAGCAAGAAGAGAAGAGUGUGCCUUUGUGACUUCCGGUCGCCACAGACCGACAGAUGGGUGUGGACACAGGUGCCCGUGAGUGGCUUUGGCCUGUGAAUCAACUCAGUGUCCCAUCUGGCCGGAUGGUACGGUGAUCUUUCCCUUGUGUAGACUCAGAGUGUCUGGUGACGGAGGGCGGCGUGUAAGUGUCUGUCUUACACCCCAAGGCCUAAAGAGUCAGUCGAGGAGUGUAACAGCUCCAGCUGAGCUCUGUAGAUUCUGGCAUUCGGGUGCAUAUUCUGAAAAAGAGAACCGUUAGCAUGCCAUGUACCUUCAGUGGAACAGAGCUCACAGCCCGCCCUCGAGACGCUCAGAACUUGGGUCCACAAGCAGAGAAGUACUUGUUUCCUCUCCUCGGAGACUUCCGUCCUCGGGGUAGUCGGCUGCGAGGGGUGGCCGGUCAGGCGGUCUGCGGCUCACUGCCCGAGUGUCUGAUGAGCGGUACCGGCACUCCGCCUCUCUCUCGCGGGCCACAGCGUGGGCCCUGUGGAUGCGUCUCCCCAGGACGACGUGCAGGUCUGCUGUCUCUGAGCUCAUCACUCAGGGGCCUCCCUCCUCCCACCCAGGGUUACCUCCUGGUGCUGCAGGAGCACUCCUGAAUGCACAGUAUGCAGGAAAGAACCGGGUUUAACAUCUGACUUCCCAGCCAAAGUCUAUAUGGAAACCCAAAAGGGGGAAAAAAAACCACUCGAAAGUUAUUCCACAGCUUUCCUUUUGAAAAACAAAUGCUUUGGGUCCUUCAGCAUGUUUUGCAUUCCUUUUCCCACCCCCAGUGCACACCAGCCUCUCUCCUGUUCAAUGAGCAGUGCCAUUUAAAGUUCGUCGGUGGCAUCUGCAUAAUAAUUGCCCAGAGACGCUUCAUAUCUGGGAAGCCGGCCAAGGAAUAAACCUGGGAGCAAACUGCAUUAAAUUAGUUAUCUGGUCGGCGCUUUUGGAAUGAGUUCCUGAUGGUGGACCAGGUCCGAAGCUGGAGCUGUUGGGCUCGGUUGCUGUGGUUUCAGUUUGAAAGGAGAGAAUUAAAUAAAAAAAUGGAGGGGAGGAUCCCCACCCCACAACAAAGACUCCAAACAUUUUCAGGCUUUUGGUUUCGAAGCCGUCCAGUUGAAACAUUUUCUUCCUCUGAUCCGCUCUCAUUGGGGUGCGUGGACCCCGUGUCCAGCCUUGUUGAGUCCGGUCACUGGACCGCGGAGUGGGGUGUGAGCUUGGCGGUCGGCUUGGGCCCUAAGGAGGCACCACCUCUGAGUAGGAGCGUCUGGUGGCGUUUCCGCUGGCACCCGCGAUUGUCUUUCCCUGCACGGGAGGCACGGGAGGCACAGGACGGUCUGGCUGCGUUCGAGAGGGGCGUCAACCAUCAGUUUCUCACCAGAGGGCAAGGAGGAAUGCGCUCCUGUCCUCGGUUGGAGGGGAACCGGAGGAUCAGGGCAGGGGAACGCUUCUCUGCGUGGAAGACUUGGAGUGAUAGACUUUCAGGAGCCUGCACGCAGAGGACUUCACUUCUAGAACCUUUGUGGCCCCAAGACUGUGAAGAGAAACAAAUUUUUUAACUGUAAUCAAUGCUGUUGUUUGCUUAGGUGUCUGUCCCUUGGCCAACUCGGCCCCCUCCUCCAUCAGCCUGGACGCCUGGACAGCCUGGAGCGGCCGUGUGGGCCGUGCCGUGGGCCUCGACCACUGGCCUGCCCGGCACCCCCUGCACCUCUGCCCUGUCUGCUCUCAGCCUUUGCAGCUCCGUUAUCAACCCCAGUGGGUACAGUGGGGCAGCGUUUCCAUCCUGCUGCCUGCCUUUCUUACCUUUCCCAGCUUAAUAGAGUUGACCCAUACGAAAUUUUGGGGAGUUGGACCGUAUUUCACUUAUAAUAACAGAAAAUCCACGUGGAGCGACCUUAUACACAGAGUGUGUUUCUUCCCCCGACGCAGCGUAGACCCCAGCACAGCGGGGCAGGUCGUUUCUCCAGGCGAGAGCUGAAGGACGCGGAAGCCCGUGCCGGCAGGCAGCGUGGCUGUCCGUGCGUGCGCUGCCUGCCUGGCUGCAGAGGCCUGCCUCAUGGCGGGGAGGGGGCUGUUCAAGGGCCUGGAGGUCACUCUGCAGAGGCGUUAGCGCGCUGUUGAGUCUGCUGGGGGGCGGGGUGGCCACCAGGCACAGCACUGUGGGGUGUCCAGCUGCCGUCCUUGCUGGAUGUGCCAUCUGUAUGAGCUGACCUCAGCCGGUGGUCAGGGGACAAGGUGUGUGGUCCCCGAAGGUGUCCUUUCAGAGAGCAGAAGGUGCUUUGUCCUCUCUCUCCAACUCCCAGUGCGCGUUUGAUGGGGAAGUGGGCACACCUCCUUUCUUUUCUUUUGUGGGAGACGUGUCAGUCACUCGGGGUGGGCGGCAAGUGCAGGGGCCUUCCUGGGCGUAUGCCAGGGAGCUUGGACGCGAGGAGGGGACUGGGUCAGACCCAGGUUCGUGGUCCUCUGCCCUUCACUCCACCUCCGUGUCAGGACUAGUUGGGAUCCUGGUGUCAGAAAUUCCCAGAAACACCGAAUAACCCUGGGUGGGCUCUUAAGUGGCCCUUUGUGGGAACUCAGCUUUCUCUGGUCUCACCAAAGGUUCGUCUGCUGCUGUGCUGAGUUGUUGCCUCUGGUUUUCAUCAGACACUUCUCAUGCUCUCAUGCAGUGAUUUCUUCUUGUGAGCAAAAUAGCAGCCCAUGUAGCAGUGCUUCCAAAUGCAGGUUUGGGUUUUCCGUGGAUACUGCACACAUUUUCCAGUGGCCCACAGCCUUGUAGGUGACACACCAGUUGGCCCGUAGGGUGGAAAUCUCUAAGAUGCUGAGUUGUGUUCGACACUUCCCUUGAACUCUGGGUGAUAAAGCAGGAUGGUUCUGGUCUUUGCCUCAGUUUUUAAGACUUUCGAGGGCAAAAGACCUCAGUGAUGCAUCUGUUACAAGUAGCAGCAGCAUGCCUGGGAGAACUGAGAGGUGUAUCCAGUGAAAUUCAGCUAGCCCAUCAACCUGGGUUUUUUUUUUUUUUUUUCAGAUAAGACCGCUUUGCUUAUCUUUUCUAGCUUAACACAUCUGCAUCUGUUCCGCAAGGCCAAACUCAAAGGCUCUCCGCUAAAAUGUCCGUGACCUUGGUAUUGAGUGUCUGGUGUCAGUUGAUUUCAUAGGACUGGAUGGUUUUCUGUGGUUUGGUGCCAUCAAGGGGAGGGUGUGCAUCAGUUCCUGCUGUUCAGAGCUUUGGCCAGGCCUCCGAUCUCAGCAGCAAAUCCAAGGACGUUUCACUGUAAGACAGGAGGACUGGAGCUGAUGUGCAGCCUGAAUGUGGCAAGGGUCAGCAGGGAAAGUCUGUUUCUUCUGCCGCACUCGGGGCCAUCAGGAUCGUUCUUUCCAGAAAGUUCCACAAGCUUGUCCAGGGAGGACCUAUGAGUGGGGAGAGGAGGAGGGAGGGUUUUGGAAUCAACCCUGAAGUUGCUACGAAGAGAGUCAUGGAUUCACAAAUAAUUUUCUGGAUCCUAGAAUGUCUCUCGCACUCCUCCGUCCUUUGCUGUGAGGCUAGAAGCUAGGCGGUGACACCCCUGGAGAGACCGCACUGCCGUGUGGGGGUCUGCUUCACCCUUGCUCCGGUGUUAACCCGUGUCCUCACUGUGGUGCAGAGCUCGAUGACGCCAUGGCUUCUGGGCGCCGCCUGGGUUUGCUGUUUGCAAGUGCUGUCUCCCGUGGCUUGCUGGUGGCCCUUCCUUUUUCAUCAGCAGGUUCCGCUCGUCCAUCCCCGUGGCUCGCGGUCAGAAUCACAGCUCCCCUGCACCUUGGUUCUUCUUUCCUGCUGUCCCAGAGGCCUGCAGGGCAUUUUCCCCUUAUGGCAAGUCACCUUUAUAAUCAGGGCCCCAGAACAGGGAGGACGUCAGGAGGGAGGACGUCAGGACAGCAACUGCAGUUGUUGCUUGUCUCGCUAGGGGGCGCAGUGGGACUAUUCUGUGAGGUCCCCCUCUUCACCCGGGACACCUCAUCUGCCAGGGGCUGUGCCGACCUCUCCUUGUUUUCCACUUGCAUGAGGGGCCCGCCCUCAUCAGCCCACCUUCUUUUCUUUCCCUACCUUGUCAGGGAAACCCCAACACAAUAGUUUAAUCUGUGACCAGAUUAGUAACCUGUAUUCAACUCUUGAACCUCUCCAAACUGUGUAAUCAGGAAAUAGGGUUUUAAUUUUUUAAAGCUAUUUAGUUUUGAGGAGUAAGAUCUGGCAAUGGAAAUAAGCAGAAUAGAAAGCGCCAGGAAGCUGCCCCGACCCACCCACUCCCCCCCUCGGGGACAGCCCCUCGCUCAGCAGCAGCGGAGAGGGGAGCACGGGUGGGUUUGGUGGACCGCCCUCCUGACGACGAUGACUGACAGCAGCAGCACCUGCUGUUUAUGCCAAGGUGAACACACACGGAUCCCCAGCGGCUGCACUUGGCAGAGUGGGGUCUGCGGUCAGAUUAAUUUGUUCCUGGCUCCCUCCCGAACCAGUUCCCCUCGUCAUAGCCAAUCUGGUGAAACGGAAAAAGCUCUGGACUCCCCAGGAACUUUUGACAAUUCGUGUUAUGGUCAGUUCUAUCAUCUG